AAUCUCGUUGCAGUAAAGGUUCACGCGCAUGCGCAGAUCUCUCCGUCUUUUGUUGGAAGGGAAUGACUGGCGUUUUCAAUGCUCUCCGCUCCAGCAUCGCAACAUUUCUAGACGAAUCCUCUGUAUACAGUACAGUGGGUGGAUACAACUCUGGAAAGAGGAUUUGGCGAUUGAAGACGGUGUCCUGAAGCGGUCGAUUGUGUGAUCAGAGCGUCUGGAAUCCUCUACACUCAACCCAUCAUGGCUGAUCUUGAUACUGAUUUCACCAGUGGAGAUGCUGGGGCUUCCCUGACCUUCCCCAUGCAGUGCAGUGCUCUGCGUAAGAACGGCUUUGUGGUGCUAAAGGGGCGUCCCUGCAAGAUUGUGGAGAUGUCUACCUCCAAGACUGGCAAGCAUGGGCAUGCCAAGGUGCACAUGGUUGGAAUUGACAUAUUUACUGGAAAGAAAAAUGAAGAUAUCUGUCCUUCCACCCACAACAUGGAUGUUCCUAACAUCAAGAGACUGGACUAUCAAUUGGUUGGCAUUACCGAUGGCUACCUUUCCCUGUUGAAGGAUAAUGGAGAUUUGCGUGAGGACCUCAAGCUGCCUGAUGGGGAUCUGGGCAAAGAAAUAGAGAGCAAAUUUGAAUCUGGGGAUGAAUUUCUGGUCUCCGUAUUGGCUGCCAUGGGGGACGAGUGUCCCAUUGCCAUCAAGCCCAUGAGCUCUUAAUGAACAGAAGCUGACGGGCAGGUUGAGUGAAGGCCUCUAUACCACAAAUAUUCCAUUUUAGUUCUAAAAGUCACCAAAGCCACAGCCUUCACAAACCACCCAGAAUUGGUUCUGUUAAACAGUAAAGAUGCUGGACCUUUUGA